CGGGUGAAAACAUAUAAAACCUCUCGUUAUGCUCAUCACUCGCUAGUAUCGUUUCAUUCAUAACGCUAUUGUAGUAAUUGUAUCGAACGUAAAUCAUGAAAGGUGCCGGUGCGCUAAUUUUGCUAGCCACGUUUGCUGUGGCUGUACACGCCCUGGACAUCCCGCUAGAAUGCCCCGAAGAGGACGACAUUUUCCACCCGGUUCACAUUCCCCACUUUACCGAUUGUACCAAGUUCUACAAGUGUUUCAACGGCAAAAAGUACGAGAUGGACUGCCCGGCCGGUUUGCACUGGAAUAUCGAGAAGGAUUUUUGUGACUUUCCCGAGGAAGCUAACUGCGAACGGCCGCUGCAAAUCGACCCGUAAUGGUUCGAUCAACUAAGUGAAUAAAAUCUUUUAUUAUCAAAAUUAAAA